AUGAAACGACUCAAGGACACGUGGCGCCAGGAGCAGCAGCGUCUGCGUCUGCGGUUGGUCGUGGGCGACGCGCUCGACUUCCAGCCGCCGCCGCUGCUGCGUGCGGCGGGGAAUACGGAGAUUGCGGAGAGAUUCGAUACUGCGGAGAGGGGGGAAAAUGCGGAAAAUGUGGAGAGAGCGGGGAAUGUGGAGCCGCCCCAAAUACAGCCGGCCCAAAUACAGCCGCCCCUGGUGCAUCCGCCCCAGAUACGACCUCCCCUGGCGCUGGUGGGCGGCGUGGACGUGAGCUUCCACCGGCGCGACCCGGACCUGGCGGUCGCGUGCCUCACAGUUGUUGCCUUCCCCAGUCUGCGCCUGCUGCACCACGAACUCGCGCUCACCCGCGUCACCCAGCCGUAUAUACCCGGAUUUCUUGCGUUCAGAGAGUGCGGCGUGCUGGAGGGGCUGAUCCGCCGCCUGAGGGACGCUCGCCCGCACCUCAUGCCGCAGGUCAUCAUGUUGGACGGCAACGGCAUCUUCCAUCCCCAGGGCUUUGGGCUGGCAUGUCAGCUGGGCGUGCAGGCAGACAUCCCCACCAUUGGCGUGGCCAAGAAUAUGUAUUACAUGGAUGGGAUGACGGACGAGCAGGUGGGCAGCUUGAAGCAGCAGCACCUGCACCAGCCAGGCGACUGGGCAACACUCACAGGCGCUAGCAGUGCCACGCAUGCUGCGCUGGUGCGGGGAGGGCCGGGCAGUCACGACCCGGUGUUUGUGUCGGUGGGGCACCGGGUCUCCUUGCACUCAGCAGUGGCCAUCACGCAGCGCUGCUGCAAGCACCGUGUCCCCGAGCCCGUGCGGUUGGCCGAUGGGCUGUCCAGAGCAGAGCUGCGGGGAGUGACGGUGGUGGAAGCAGCGGUGGGUGGAGAGCAUGUUGGAGCAUUGGCAGAGCAGAGAGGCAAUGGAGAAAGCUAG